UAUUGUUUAUUCUCCUGCUCUACACUGUAAAGUGUUUUCCAACAAGAAGUCGCGGAUUCAUGAUUUGUUUUUGUACAGAACCGAGGAUUAGGAUACUGACGGGGUCUCGAGUUCUCGGAUGAGAUUUUAGGGGUCCAGAAGCACUUUUUGUAAUAAGGAAUGGCCACGGCACGGCUGGACUAUAUCGCUCCAUGGUGGACCUACUGGCUGCACAAUUUCCCCCACUUCAACUUCACCUUCCAGCCCGUUGAUAACACCUUCAGACCCGGGGAGACGAGCUACCAGCAGUCUCUGGUCUUCCUAGCCUGUAUAUCAGCUGCUGGACUAGUCCUGAGCCUCCUGCUGCUGUCUGUCUACCUGACCAGUGUGUGCUGCUGCAGGAAGGAGGAGGAGGAGGAGACCAAGAGGCCUGACUCCUGCUGUGUCUCCUGGACCGCUGUCAUCACUGGACUCAUCCUAUGCUCUGCUGUUGGAGUGGGUUUCUAUGGUAACAGUCAGACCAAUGACGGGGUGUACCAGCUGACCUACUCCCUCCACAAUGCCAACCACACUCUGGGUGGCAUCAACAGCUUGGUCUCCAGUUCUCUGGGCAGUAUGGAGGUGGGUCUGCAGCAGCACCUGAAUCGUCUGUAUGAGAUCUUUGCUACGCGGGGAGACUAUGUCCAGGCCUUGAGGUUCAUGGGUCAGAUGGCUGACAACAUCAUCAGACAGCUGACCGCCAUGCCGGACCUCAGCAAGGCCAAGGUGGACCUGUCGGCCAUCGCUGAUCAGACAGAUUACGUAGAGUACUACAGGUGGCUGACCUACCUGUUACUGCUGAUCCUAGAUCUGGUUAUAUGCCUGGUGGCCUGUCUGGGGGUGGCAAAGCAGUCCCGGUGGCUACUCACCAUGAUCAUGGUGUUUGGGGUGAUAUCUCUGGUCCUGAGCUGGGGAACACUUGGAGCAGGCACUGCUACUGCUGUGGGCACCAGUGACUUCUGUGUGUCUCCAGACAAGUUCAUAGCAAACAGGACCAAGGAGUUCCUCAGUGCAGAAGUGACACACUACUACCUGUAUUGCAGUCAGAGUCUACCCAACCCUUUCCAACAGUCUCUGACUAUCUUCCAGAGGUCUCUGACCACCAUGCAGAUCCAGAUACAAGGACUACUACAGUUCUCUGUACCUGUCUUCCCUACUGCUGAGAGAGACCUUCUGGGCAUCCAGCGCCUGCUGAACUCUACAGAGUUCAACCUGAACCAGUUAACAGCCCUGCUAGACUGCAGGGGGCUCCAUAAGAACUACCUGGAUGGUCUGAUGGGGGUGUGUUAUGACGGGGUGGAGGGUCUCCUCUACCUCUGCCUCUUCUCUCUGCUGUCGGUCAGUGCCUUCUGUGUCAUGCUGUGUGCCAUCCCCCGGGCAUGGACCCUCAUCACCAGCAGGGACAGGGACUAUGACGAUAUCGAUGAGGAGGAUCCGUUUAACCCCCAGGCCCGUCAUAUGGCCUUCAACCCCAGUAGAGCCAGCCAUGUACACAGCUUCUGUAGCUUCAGCAGCAGUCUGGACAGCCAGGCCAGUCCACACCCUCCACCACAGACUGCCGCCAUCCUCCCCACCUCAGAGUACAUGAAUCAGUCCAUGCUGUUUGGAGGGAACCCUCGUUAUGAGAACGUUCCUCUGAUCGGGAGGGGAUCCCCGCCACCCUCGUAUUCUCCCAGAAUGAGAACCACCUACCUGUCUAUGACUGAGGCACAGAUCAGACACUUUGGGACAAACUUCCAGCAGGUAUAGCCCCCAACUAUGGCCUACUGGUCCCCCUCAGGAAGGGUCUGUCUGGGACUACCACUGUACUGAGGAAGCGGAGUUUACAGAUAACCCUGUCCAUGGAUGUCUCACCCUGCUCUCCUGGCCAUCUGUUACUUAAAUGCAGGAGGUAUGGGGUCAACAACAGCCCAGGAACACACUGACGCUCUCAAAGUCCUGUACUGUACGUGUAGAAACCAGGAGACUACAUAGAACCCUGAGUGUAAAGUGCACUUGCCUCUCUCCCCAAACAAACCCACACUUCAGUUAUGUGUUUUCUUCAAAUGUGAGUGUCCGUCUCGAGCCAGAUCAGAAGACAUGAUUGUUAUGGACCAAGUUGAACAUUUAUAUUUUUUUCCUGCGAGUGAUGUCACCUUCGAUGGAUUUCAGGGGACAACAAAUAACCAGAUUGAUUUCCUUCACAGCCAUAGACUGUUAAAUGGUUAUUACAUGAACUCUCUUAAAUCUUCCCCAACCUGUCAUCGCUAUUACAAAGUGUCAUCUAACCAGUCUAGCAUUCAGCUCCUCUUACACUUGACUACACAGCUCUUACACAUUUGACACAACCCAAAGUCUUCAUAAUGUCUUCCCUCAGAAUGAUGAGUCAAACUUGAUGAAAACGGAUACUGUAUUGUCACUUAUCUUUCAGGUUAUUCAUUGAUGUCAAGGAAUGGCAAAUAUAAUGGACUCGUUUUUAAAUGUGACUGGAAAACAGAUAAUUUUCAUGUGAUGUCUAUACUUUUAGAGAAAAAGGUGCUGUCUAGAACCUAAAAGGGUUCUUUGGCUGUCCACAUAGGAGAGCC